AUGGAUUCUGGUAUCCAAGAACUUGAGUUCUCUCAUCUUCAUAUCCCUGUAACCAUCAAAAACAAGUGUCUUGUACAUCCAUCAAGCCCAACUCCUGCAGAUCAAUCUCCUCACCAUAGUCUCUAUCUUUCAAACCUUGAUGAUACAGUCGGAGCACGUGUCCUCACUCCCUCCGUUUAUUUCUAUCGAUCAAGCAAUGACCAAACCAAAAACAAAGAAUCUUUUGUACUUACACGGCUUCAAGAUGCUCUUGGUGAGGUUUUAGUUCCGUAUUAUCCACUCUCCGGUAGGUUAAGAGAAGUAGAAAAUGGGAAGCUAGAAGUUUUCUUUGGCGCAGAGCAAGGUGCGUUGAUGGUGUCAGCGAGUUCUUCAAUGGCCUUAGAUGAUCUUGGAGAUCUCACAGUGCCAAAUCCUGCUUGGCUACCAUUAAUAUUUCAAUAUCCAGAAGAAGAAGCUUACAAAAUACUGGAAAUGCCGUUACUUAUAGCUCAAGUAACGUUUUUCACCUGUGGUGGGUUUAGCCUUGGGAUCAGACUCUGUCAUUGCAUAUGCGAUGGUUUUGGAGCUAUGCAGUUUCUUGGCUCCUGGGCUGCUACUGCCAAAAACGGGAGAUUGAUUGCAGAUCCUGAGCCGGUUUGGGAUAGAGAAGUUUUCAAACCAAGAAACCCUCCAAUGGUGAAGUAUACACAUGAUGAGUACCUUGCAGUUGAAGAAAGAUCGAAUCUGACGAACUCUCUGUGGGCAACGAAGCCAUUGCAGAAAUGUUACAGGAUAAACAAGGAGUUUCAGUGUCGGGUUAAAAGCAUUGCUCAAGGACAAGACUCAAGCUUAGUUUGCAGCUCGUUUGAUGCAAUGGCUGCACAUAUAUGGAAAUCAUGGGUCAAAGCACUUGAUGUGAAGCCAUUAGAAUACAAUCUCAGGCUCACGUUUUCCGUCAACGUAAGAACAAGACUCGAAACCCUCAAACUGAGAAAAGGCUUUUACGGUAACGUGGUGUGUUUGGCUUGCGCUACUAGCAGUGUCAACAAUGUUAUGAACGAUUCUCUUUCCAAGACAACCAGGCUGGUUCAAGAGGCGAGGGUUAGGGUUACAGAGGAUUACUUGCGUUCUAUGGUGGACUACAUGGAGGUGAAACGGCCAAAGAGGUUAGAGUUUGGAGGGAAGCUGAUGAUAACGCAAUGGACCCGGUUUGAAAUGUAUGAGACAGCGGAUUUUGGAUGGGGUAAACCGGUCUACGCAGGACCAAUAGACUUGAGGCCUACGCCACAGGUUUGUGUAUUGUUACCUCAAGGAGGAGUAGAGUCUGGUGGUGAUCAAAGCAUGGUGGUUUGCCUUUGUUUGCCUCCUGCUGCUGUUCAUAAUUUCACUCGGCUUCUAUCUUUAAAAUGA